AUGUCCGGAAACGGAGUGACCGGAAAUGAUUGGUUCAUCGGGGGCGUGCUGAUCCCGAACAACCAAGUCGUCCGCAGAGACCCCGGCUACGUUCCAGGCCAUACCUUAAUAGGCGGCGCCAAUGCUCCCUUCAAUACCUACCCCUACUGGCCUGGAUGGCACGCUGCGGGUUUCACCAUGUCAGGUAAUGCGUUCGCUUAUCCGCGGUCUUACCCAGGGCAGUUUCGAAGCCGGUGA